GGGAAAAACGGCAGAAGAGACGAUUGUACGGUAAGGGAGAUGGCGGCGUCCUUUACACGAACAAGCAUAUGCAAGACACUCUGGCUAUAAGAGUAGCGAAGGAACAGAACAGAAUAGAACAGAAAACUACGAAGAGCCAAGAAGCUUUUCCUGGUUCGCACUUCACACUCGUCUGCAUUGUCGGUUUCUAGCCCUCUCUGACCUCUCUCUCUCUCUCUUUCUCUAAACCCAUGGCAAGCGCUUCAACUAACCUUUUCAACUGCCAUAUCACGGUGAACAAUACCACCCAGAUUCAGAAGACCUCGACUACUCAAAACCCAAAGCCCCACCCAGACUGGUAUUCACCAGAGACAGGAAUCUACCACAGCAAACACAAACCCGUAGAGCUUCCCUCAGACCCGUUUCUUGACGUUGUUUCGUUCCUCUUCUCCCACAAGCACCAUGGGGUCUCAGCUCUCAUUGAUCCCUCAUCUGGGUCUUCAGUCUCCUACCCUGAACUAUAUCCCUUGGUGGAAUCUAUGGCCUCUGGACUCCACAUUAUGGGUGUCUCACCAGGUGAUGUGGUUUUAAUCUUGUUGCCAAACUCCAUUUACUAUCCCAUUGUUUUUCUUGGUGUUCUGUAUUUGGGUGCAAUUGUUACAACCAUGAAUCCUCUUAGUAAAGUGCUCGAAAUCAAGAAGCAGAUUGCCGAUUGUAAUGUGUGCCUGGCUUUCACUUCACCUGAAAUAGUUGAAAAAUUGCAGGCAUUGGGUAUUCCGGCUAUUGCUGUUCCAGAAGACGUGAAUUUGGAUUCCAAGCAAACUGCUUUUUCAGCUUUCUUUAAACUUAUUUCCGGUAGUUUUGGUUUGGCUCCUAGGCCAGUGAUUAAGCAGCAAGACACCGCUGCCAUAAUGUAUUCAUCUGGGACUACCGGCAUGAGCAAAGGUGUUGUGCUAACACAUGGGAAUUUUAUAGCUAUGCUUGGGCUUUUCGUGAGGUUUGAGGCUUCGCAGUACGAAUAUUCAAGCGUGGAUAAUGUGUUUUUAGCUGUUCUACCCAUGUUUCAUAUAUAUGGACUCUCUCUAUUCGUUUUAGGAUUGCUGUCUUUGGGUUCUAGCAUUGUCGUGAUGAGGAAAUUUGAUAUAAAUGAGGUGAUGAAUGUCAUUGAUAGAUAUAGCGUUACACACUUUCCAGUUGUUCCGCCGAUGUUGUCAGCAUUGACAAGGAAAGCCAAGGAUGUUGUUAGAAGUAGUUGUAAGAGUUUGAAGCAGGUUUCCUGUGGAGCAGCUCCUUUGACCAGUAAAGUCAUAGAGGACUUUAUUCAGACACUGCCUGAUGUUGAUCUCAUUCAGGGUUAUGGCAUGACUGAGUCAACUGCAGUAGGAACUCGUGGCUUCAAUACUGAAAAUACUCAAAAUUAUUCUUCAGUAGGACUAUUGGCUCCAAAUAUGCAAGCUAAAGUGGUAGAUUGGAGUACUGGAUCCUUUUUGCCUCCUGGCUGUGGUGGUGAGCUUUGGCUACGAGGAUCAGCAAUCAUGAAAGGAUAUUUGAAUAAUGCAGAAGCUACUAUGUCAACAGUUGACACAGAUGGUUGGCUACAUACUGGAGACAUCGUAUGUUUUGAUCAAGAGGGAUACAUACAUAUAUUCGAUCGCUUGAAAGAGAUUAUCAAAUACAAGGGCUUUCAGAUUGCUCCUGCUGAAUUAGAAGCUGUGUUGAUCUCCCAUCCUGAGAUACUUGAUGUUGCAGUAACGGGUACCAUGGAUGAAGAAUAUGGAGAGAUACCAACGGCAUUUGUGGUGAGGAAGCAUGGAAGCAGGCUUUCCUCAGCAGGUGUCAUGGAUUAUGUCUCUGAACGGGUUGCACCAUACAAGAAAGUCAGAAAGGUGAUCUUUACAAACUCCAUACCGAAGUCUGCAGCAGGAAAGAUCCUUCGAAGGGAACUCAGGAUCCUCUUGACUUCUAAACUCUGAAGCCUUUUCUUAUGCAUGCCUCCUUCGAGUAUGCUAUUGUUGGUGCUCCCAUACCGUUCGCAGCAAUUCAGACAUUUGAUCCAACCUCUCUGCCAAACGGGUGAUGGCAUUCUCUUGGUCUUCGGCCUUGCGCUGCUUGGACUCCUUAUUAUCCAUUUUGGAUUUAGUGUUGUCAGCCAUAGAAUAAAUGGUUGGAUGAAUUUCUUGGUUGUAAAUGUGGUCUGGUAGAUGGAAAGUGUAAAUAAAAGUGGGUUGUAAAUGAAUUUCUGGGUUGGCUAGAGGUUGCGGAAUAGUAAGGAACAUUGGCUCAAAUGAUACCACUUGUUAUGGAUUUACUGGUAUGACAAAAGUAAAUCAAUGACAGAAUAAGAAAAGAUGAUGUAAGCACAUGUAGAAGAUGACAAUGGAAGCUAUAGUGUUUCCAUUGAUGAUAAUUGGAUUUUCGAGGAAUCCAAAACCUCCCAAGAAGAUGACCAAAACAGUACAAAUAUCAGAUACCCCUCCCAUAUUUCCGUUUUCAUCUUAUUUGCGUGACCCUAACAGAUUACAAGCAAAAAGACAUAAAAGUCCCUAUAUCAAGUUGUUAAAACACAGCAUUUACAACCUUAGUUAAACUACAACGUUUUGUCUUUAUUUUAUUUAAAAGUAAUAACAUGCUUCAAUUGACAAUGAUGUCGCCUGCUCCCUAUCUGAUAGGGAUCUCGGUUUAGUCCCUAAAUAUUAAGGUCCUCAAGCUUGCUUUGGAGUAGUUGUGAUCGAAUGUGCAAAACUCACUUGCUUGGUCUUGCUUCUUCGGCGACAAUGGAGGGACCUAGGGUUUAGAUGGUAUUGUGUUUGGGGGGAAGAAGAGAGUAUACGGAUGAUGGGGUUGUUUAAGUGUUUGAAUGAAUGCAAUGCAAUUCAAUUUGAGGCACGGUUUGUGAUAGCCCUUGGGAAGGGUUGCCGAGUGGAUGAGACUAAAGUGAUGGAUGGAAGUGAGGUUGGCGUGUAGGGUUGGUGGCUUCCCGAAAUGGCAACUGGACAGCUUGCCUUUUAGAGGGGCAAGUUGUCUAACUACCCUUUUUGGGGGGUGGCGGCUAGGGUUACUUCUACUAGGGUCUCCCGAUUGGGAAAUGGGACAAGGGUCUUGGAAAGGGACAAAGUGCAUGUUGAUGGAAUGAGAAAUAAAAGGGACGGCUGGGUUUACGUGGUUUGUCUAGCUUAAAAAUGGAAAGGGUUUGAAGAUAGUUGAAGCUAGCUGUGUAUAGGAUAGUGUUUAUGGGUUGUUCUUUGGGAAGUGGAAGCUUUCUAGAAGCUUGUAACAAUGGAGGAACCGGUGGAUAAAGCUAGGAGAUGAUGGAAAAUGCAAUGCAAUGCAGAAAAUGAUGAACAAUAGCUUGUAUGAACGGAAAUGAAAAUCAACAAUAACACAAGAUAAAUCAAUACCACACGGAUUGGAUAGUAGUGAAUCUCUUCUAUUCACGAAUUGCAAGAAAAGUUCUCUCUAGGUAUUCAUGUAUUGCACCCUUAGAGCCCAAGUGCUUUGCACCGUAGUCCUCAAGAACAUUCAAUAGUCCAAUGAACAAAAUAGCAAAAAAGUCCCUUCUACAAAGUUUAAGUGUAAUAUAAAUAGUAAAUCCUAGAUAGCAUUCAAUGGUUUGGAUGAGCUCCACGUGGCCCUUGAGAUGGCUGGGUCCGUGUAGCUUGAGCUAGUUCUGAAGUUGGUGGAGUGGUGCUGCAUGGUCUAGUCAUGGCUGCAUAGUGGUCUGGCUGGUGUUGCGCAGGGCCUGUGCGUGGGCAUGCACCAGGCUUGGUCUAGGCAGGCAGGUUGGCCGUGCAGGUGCCUGGCUCGGUCUGGGCAUGUAUGCUGGCCAUGCUGGUGCCUGGCUCGGUCUGGGCGUGCGUGCUGGCUAUGCAGGUCCACUAACCUCACUGGACAUGCGCAUGGGCCUACGCAUGCUAGCCUGGUCCGCAUGGUUGGUGGCUUGUGGCAAGGCUGCGUGCAUGGCUGGAUGUGGGCAGGUGCUGUCUGCUGGUCAUUCUGGCUGGUUGCUUGCAUGGCCUGGCCUGCGGCAUGGCUAUGCUGCUGGAUGACCGUGUGCAUGGCCUAGCAUGUGGCAUGACUGUGCAUGCUAGCUGGCCGUGUGCAUGGCCUGUGCGACGCAUGGUUGUGCGCACAGACAGGCCCUCACUAGCCUAGCCUGCAUGCUAGGCGCCCUGUGCGUGUCACCCCGCGAGCCAAGCCAUGCUUGUGGGCUUGCCAAGGUGCUUGUCCCCACCAUGACUAGGGCAUGUGCGGCAUCUCUAGAGGCAACUCGAUGUGGGGGUCUAACACUAUCUCCAUACGCAUUGUUUCAACAUCUGAAGUAAAAUAUGUCCAAAUCACUUCAGUUUCCCACUUGCCCUAACCCUCUUCGAUAUCUCUCUUCCAAACUUCAAGUUUCCAACUUUAUUCCUUCUCCCAUGCCAUAGCUCCUUUCAACACCAUAACACACCCAGACCCCUAGCGCCUUGAUUCUCCUUCUCUCGGUGAGUCUGAUCUCCCCUUUGUCGCUCGACUUAUUGUUCUUCCGUUGGUAACGUAAUACUUCUAAUUCUUUGUAUAUGCCUUUUCCAAAAUGUCCUUCUCAGUAAGAUGAGAUUUGUUGGGGCUGGGUUUUGAUUGUUUUGGGGCUAAUGUUUUAAAUCGGGUGGGUUGGUUUUAUGCAGAAACUAUCUAGAAACUAUCUUAAUAGUUAAGUGAGUUGAUUUCUUGUGGACUUGAUUAUUUUAAUGGGCUGAUUGUGUUGGAGAAAACUGUUUUUAGUAAUUUUUAAGUGGGUUGUUUUCUUUAAUUGGGGUUGGACUGGAAUUUAAGUAAACCCAAAGUUUUACAUGAGUAAAUACGAGCCUAUAGACUUAUUUUUUAUAUAGAAAAUAUUUAAGGG